CACACAUGGUGGUAGAAAGGGCUGUAGAGGGCGGUGACACCAGAGACAGCUGGGUUUCUUCGGACAAGUCAGAAACUUGGGAGCACUUGUGCACCCCGAGUUUCCAGGAUGAGGCCAGCGCUUGCCUUGUGCCUCCUCUGUCCAGCGUUCUGGCCCAGGCCAGGGAGUGGCGAGCACCCCACCGCAGAUCGCGCUGCCUGUUCGGCCUCGGGGGCUUGUUACAGCCUGCACCACGCUACCAUCAAGCGGCGGGCAGCCGAGGAGGCCUGCAGCCUGCGCGGUGGAACUCUCAGCACCGUGCACUCAGGCUCUGAGCUACAUGCGGUGCUCGCGCUCCUGCGUGCAGGUCCAGGGCCUGGCGGAGGCUCCAAGGACCUUCUGUUCUGGGUGGCUCUGGAGCGUGGACGUUCCCACUGUACCCUCGAGAGAGAGCCUUUGAGGGGUUUCUCCUGGCUCUCCCCGGAAGGAGGAGGCUCGGAGGACAACACACUGCCUUGGGUGGAGGAGCCACAACUUUCUUGCACUGUGCGAAAGUGCGCGGGGCUCCAGGUCACUGGGGAAGUGGAGCCUGCAGGCUGGAAGGAGAUGCGCUGUCACCUGCGCGCUAAUGGCUACCUGUGCAAGUAUCAGUUUGAAGCCCUGUGCCCCGCUCCGCGCCCAGGAUCUGCCUCUAACUUAAGUUUCCGAGCUCCCUUCCGGCUAAGCAGCUCCGCGCUGGACUUCAGCCCUCCUGGGACAGAGGUGAGUGUGAUAUGUCCUGGCGGGGACCUCUCUGUCUAUGCCACCUGCAUCCAGGAAGAUACAAGUGCUCGCUGGGAUGGGCUUUUCCCUGGGGCCCUGCUCUGCCCCUGCUCUGGGAGGUACCUUCGUGCUGGCAAGUGCGUGGAACUCCCUGACUGCCUAGACCACUUGGGAGGCUUCGCCUGCGAAUGUGUCCCUGGCUUUGAGCUGGGGAAGGACAGACGCUCUUGUAAAGCCCAAGGGGAAGGACAGCCAACCCUUGCAGGGACCAAGCUACCCCCUAGGCACGUAUCAGCCACUCCAGCCAGCCCAGCGACAAACAGAACAUGGCUAGGCAGGGCCCAUGAGAAGUUAGGAGAGAUGCCCCAGGUCACUGGACAAGACAGUUUUGCAACUUCUAUUCCGGAGAUUCUUCAGUGGGGAAUGCAGAGUACUUUACCUACUGCUCAAAGGUCGCCACAACCCAAGCCAAAAGUCACUGCAAGGCCAUCAGGAAGCUUGAUCCCCACAUUGAACUAUACAUCUUCCCCUUCUGCUUCACCGAAUUUCGACUCCUCCUCCACCGUGGUCUUCAUACUUGUGAGCAUAGCAGUAAUAGUGUUGGUGAUCUUGACCAUGACAGUGCUGGGACUUUUCAAACUCUGCUUCCACAAGAGUCCUUCCUCCAGAAAAAGGAACAGUGCUUUGGACUCACGAGGUGUGGAGAGUAAUGCUGAGGUCACUGCUUUGAGCCCCAAUUCUGCACAUUGCACUGACAAUGGGGUGAAGGUUGGGGACUGUGGUCUGCGGGGCCGAGCUGAGGGUGCCUCACUGGCUGGGUCCUCUCUUGGCUCAGGGGACACCUAGGGAAACAACCCAAUGGGCAUGUCUUGUGCAGACUUUCAAAUCCAAAAAAACAGGGAAAAGAGAGAUAUCCCUGCCGUGAUGGUUCCUAUAGAAGUUCCCCUUCCCAUCAGUUCUCUUUACUCCACCAGGGAGCUCAAUCUGAAGAGCACAUCUAUUCCCUGAAAGUGGAAGAGGUGACUCUGGGACCAAGGCUGGACCUGGAAGACAGGGUGGAUAAUGGAAGGAGGCAUUUUCCUGUUUUCUGGGAAUUUGAAGAAGUUCUUGAAUAUUUCCAAUAUUGGAAGCAAGUAAAUAAUAUAAUUUUGGGGACAUUUGUUUUCAUCAAAAUGGGAAGGAAAUGUCUAUUUUAUUUUGGCUAGGAAUGCAUAGACUAGAAAUUUUGAGGCAAGUAAUAAAACGUUGUGGAGAACCUAGAUUGAAAUGUUUUUGACUUUUGCAAAUGGGGUUUAUUUAGGAAUACAACAUGCUGAAGAUAGCAACCGGCUACAGGGUAUUAUGGGAAAAGGACGAGUACAUUCUGUGCUUUGAGAGGAAAGUCCUUCUACCUUAGCUCUUUCAGAACAAAUGAACUUUUCCUUUAUUCUUUUAUCCUUUGCUUUCAAAGUCACCACGGCAGUGUGCUCUACUAUAAAUCCCAAGUGCAAUGUUGCCAGUUUCUGACUCUAGAAGCAAAUUACAGUUGACCACCAAUCCAAGUGUUUACUGUGUGUCCUUGCCCAAGGAAACAAAUGAUUUUUGUCUUCCUUUCCAAUGUUUGUGCUCGCAGUGUAAUGACCUUUCUUUCCAAACCACCUUGCAGACAUCAGGAUGCUGAUUCCCACUUCCAAUUACGAUGAUGUUAAUUCUCAAUUAAAACGUUAAUGUGAAGUAUUGAUCUGAAACCUUCUGGGUGCACUAAAGUAAAAGAAGCUUGGCUUUUUCCAAAGUUGUUAGAUUCUUGUGAUCUAUUUAAUCCAUAGAAGGAAAAAAAAAAACCCCUGAAUGUCAAGCUAUUUCUGUUUCUUCUCAAUAGAGUGUGUAUACAAUGACAAUGUGUAUGCAUCAGGGGAUUGUUAAAAUUGAACAAGGGACAAAACUUUGGGCAACAGUUUUCUAUAGAAUUAAUGAAAAAUUAAAACUAUAAACUUGUUAUGACUUCAGGUAUUAACAAGUAAUAAAAAUCACACAUUUAGGUGGUAAAUAAUUAAGGCAUAAUAAAAAUAAUUUUGGUGGAAUCCAAAAGUCUUGGGAAACAGUUCUGUUAGAUUAAUGUGGUAAGACUCUUCUUAAGUGUUGUAAAGGUUGAUGUGUGAAGAGAUAUAGAGAAGUAAGCUUACCCAUGGGAGGAAAUUAAAGUAGGAUAAAACUUGGGAUAUAUUUUUGUAGAAUCACUUUUUAUACUCUUAAUUGUAAUGUGCAUAUUAUGGAAGGUUAAUUUAAUGUUAGUAAAUAGCCAUUUAUAAAAUAAUCCAGAAAAUUAAGAGUUCAAUAUAUGAAUCUAUGUUAUAAAUGUGUUUAAUAUUGAAGGAAUAAAUUGAUGGAUUGCUUCAUA